CCAGUAGCAUGCCGCCUCUUGUAGUGUGAACGUCAGGUGAGCUUUCGUGUGGCGGAGGAGGACGCAACUCCCGUUCCGCACCUGAUUUCGCUCGAAGCCCGUUGUACCAGUGACCGAAAAUCCAAGAGGGUGGCUCGCCGUGGCGAGGACAAACCGAGGCGAAACGACGUCGUCGAUCAUUAGCAGUCGGUGCAAGCCGGGAGCAUCAGCGUCGCCUAACGACCGGGAGAAGACCACGAAGCCAACGAUGACAAUGCAACAGCCGGGACAAGCGCAGUGAAAGAUGGUGGACAAGAAGGAGCUGAGCAUAACGAAGGCGAGGGCCCCGCCGCCGUUGAACCUCAGCGAGGCGAUCGAGGAUGAAGUACUGAACCAAAAGACUGCUAGAAUUCUUAAGAAUGAUCUUCUCCUACACGAGGCUGUGAUAAAGAACGAAGCGGACACCGUUCGCAAAGUACUUAAGGAGACUGUCGAUGUAGAUUCCAGAAAUAAUUAUGGCCGCGCUCCGAUUCACUGGGCAGCAUCCCGCGGAAACACAGAAAUUAUCGAAAUGUUGAUACAAGCCAAGUGCGACAUCGAAGCGAAAGACAAGUAUGGAAUGCGCCCUUUACAUAUGGCCGCCCAGCACGGACACCGGGACGCGGUGAAGAUGUUGAUAAACGCCGGGGCGAACGUGUCCGCGGUUAACAAGAAACAAUACACCCUCUUAAUGUGCGGCGCUCGUGGCAGCAACGUCGGCGUGGUGGAAUACCUCGCGGAAGCUGUGGAAUCGUUAAACGGCGAGGCCACCGACUGCACCGGUGCAACUGCGCUUCACCACGCGGCUGUCACGGGGCAUCCCGCUGUUAUAACAGCGCUGUCUAACAUACCGCGGAUCGUGCUCGACGCGACGGACAAGAAAGGACAAACACCGAUGCACUGUGCCUGCGCCGAGGAGCACCUGGAGGGUGUCGAGGUCCUUAUAGGAUUAGGCGCGAACGUAGACGCCCAGGAUAACGAUGGUAAUACCCCGCUUCACGUGGCCACCAGGACCAGGCACACCGGGAUCGCGCAGUUGUUACUGAAGGCGCGAGCAAACACCGAGCUCACCGAUGCGGUGGGCUUCACUCCUCUUCACGUCGCUGCGAGUCAAGGCUGCAAGGGAAUACUUGACUCCAUGAUUCAGCACGGGGCUGAUCUUAACAAGCAGUGCAAGAACGGCAAUACCCCUCUGCAUCUGGCCUGCCAGAACAACGAAGUAGACACGGUAGAGAUAUUAAUUAACAAGGGCGUCGAUCUGAAUUGUCUAAAUUUGAGGCUUCAAUCGCCUAUUCACAUCGCUGCCGAGAUGGGACACACGGACAUCUGCGAGUUACUUCUUGCAGCAGGUGCGAAUAUCGAGCAGAAGGAACAGAGCGGCCGGACACCACUUUACAUAGCGGCGAGAGGCAGUUUCACGGCCAUCGUCGACAUGAUCAUUAAAACCGCGAGAUUGGAUUAUCCGACCCUGGAGAUUUCGAGUUCCGACAAGGAGGCUCGAGAAUUAACUCCAGCACGAAGACGAUGGAGAGAAGGCUCGCGCGGUGGCAGCAUUUCCAGCAACAACGGCGGCCUGUCCGAGCAAAUGCGAUCCAUUCUUUGGAAGCUGGCCUACAAACAGCUGGCGCCCGGCGACUGGAAGAAAUUGGCUCUCCACUGGGCCUUCACCCACGACCAGAUCAGAGCUAUCGAGCAUCAGUAUACAGUGCACUUAGAGCAGCCUUAUGAAAAGGACGAUAAAGCUCCAAUUGUAGGUCCUUCGAGCUACAAAGAGCAUGGAUUUCGAAUGUUACUCAUCUGGGCUUCCGGAUUAAAUCCCGACGUGCCGUUGGCGAAAGAGCUCUGCGAAGCUUUGUCAGCGGUAGGCAAGAAGGCGAUUGCUGAUUCCGUUCGCAAGCAGAUGGAUCAGGAAAAUGCCAAGGCGAAAUCGAAGAGCCGACGGUGUCACAAAUGCUCCAUCGCGUGAAUAUUCACGAGUGCCAAACUCGACUCAUCCGUAAAUUUCACGUACGCACACACACACACACACACACACACAUACACACAAAGAUGUUACGGAUGUUGCAACUUCUGUCGUAAUAGCUCUGUUGCUAUCGGAAACGUUCAUUAUAUAGAACGUUAUUACACAGUAUGAAAAGUUCUCAGAGAAGCUCGACGAAAACGCCAAAGACCCACGAUACUCACUCGAAAGCACUCGUAUGAGUCUUAUACAAAAGUCUCACUUACCUUUUGUACCAAUAUUGGACAAUGUUUCGCAAUUUCUGGGGACACGAACAACGAUUAUAAUUUACGGCGGAGAGGUAGCUGUCAUUGUGUCGAUUUUAAGUGUACACGUACACAUAUACAUCAUCGUGAAAACUUUUAUAAAACUUGAAGCGUGAUUCAACCAAGUUUAUUCUACAGAUUCAUGCAAUUUCUCAACGAGAAACAUUCAAGCUUGCAGUUUACCGGACUCGGCGAAAGAUUCAUCAUCGUCGAGAAAAAAAUAAGCUUGCUCGGUGGAAAAACGAAACAUAUAUUAUGUAAACGAUCCUUUCAGUUCCGAGUAAUAAUAUCAGGAUAAAUAUUUGAUCUUUGCAACAAAUUACUCAGCAAAUUUUAAAUUCGAAAUUAGCGAUCGACGUGAUCCAAAUUUACCACAGAAAUCACACGAUGAAAUUCGAUUGAGAUGAAAUUUCCACGGAACAAAUCGUAGCCCGUCAGCGGAUAAACAAUUUCAAGUUUACGAUGACAGCAGAAAGGACGAUUUAGGAAAUCCGAAAUGUAUGCGAUAUGUGCGAGGAAAAGUAUUUAAGAAACAAGAUACUAAACAAUUAUAUACGUACGAAACUAAACCGUCCUGAGCAACUCUAAUCUUAAUUUAGACUACUCGAGUUUAUCAUGAUUCCAUUUACUCUCGUGAUUGUUUUAUAUAGAAGAAAUGUCAUAUGCCAUAUGCAGUGAAACUUGUAGGAACAAAAAUGCAGUUAGUACAGAAACGCUCGGCAGGGCGGUACAAUUGUAAAA